AGGAACCACAUAAACCAAUUUUACGUUAUUUAUAAUUUCAUUCGUUUACCGUCCCAAAUGGGCUAUCAUGGUCAAGUCUUGGGCUUUCCUGCGGUGCAAAACGCGUCGGCUUAAAAUAUGUGGCAGAAUGCUAUUGGUUGAGACAAGUGGAAGCGCUCUCUCAUUGGUUACAUUUUCUCAAGACCACGUCGCAAAUAUAUUGACGCCUUGUGUAUGUAUAAACUCCGCCACUGCCGCGGUCCGAGAUUUCGACCUCAAGGAGUGUCUGAUCGCAGUAUGAUAGCCUGUGUGCAUUACUGCUGUUGCUUGUGAUUCUAGAGUCUCUUGUUUUCGGAGAAUUUAGGAGUAUAUACCAGACCUUUGAGAUUCUGAUCGCGUAGGGUUUAAUCUGCCCCAAUCUCCUUAAUGGCGCAUUGCAGAUCCAACUUCUUCUUCUUAAUCUAUUUAUCAAUCUUAUUGAUUGCUAAUGCCGCAAAAAGUUAUUAUGAUAUACUGCAAGUUCCCAAGGGUGCUUCCGACGAUCAGAUUAAACGGUCCUAUAGGAAGCUGGCCUUGAAAUAUCAUCCCGACAAGAAUCAAGGAAAUGAGGACGCUAACAAGAAAUUUGCUGAGAUUAACAAUGCAUACGAGGUGUUAUCCAACAGUGAGAAGAGGAGUAUCUACGAUCGAUAUGGCGAAGAAGGUCUCAAACAACAUGCUGCUGGUGGCGGUGGGGGCGGAGGAAUGGAUAUUCAGGACAUAUUCAAAUCGUUUUUUGGAGGUGGAGGAGACCGAGAAGAGGAGGAACGAGUGGCAAAGGGCGAUGAUGUAAUUAUUGACUUGGAUGCAACCUUGGAGGAUUUGUACAUGGGAGGGUCACUAAAGGUUUGGAGGGAGAAGAACAUUCUAAAGCCGGCUCCUGGUAAAAGACAGUGCAACUGUCGGAACGAGGUUUAUCACAGGCAAAUAGGUCCGGGAAUGUUCCAACAAAUGACAGAGCAGGUGUGCGAGCAGUGCCCUAAUGUAAAAUAUGAAAGGGAAGGGAACUUUAUCACUGUGGAUAUUGAGAAGGGAAUGCAAGAUGGCCAAGAAGUGGUCUUUUAUGAAGAAGGUGAACCAAUUGUAGACGGUGAACCUGGAGAUCUGAGGUUCCGUAUUCGUACAGCAACACAUGAAAGGUUUAGAAGGGAAGGCAAUAACCUUCACACAACUGCCACAAUAACUUUGGCACAAGCACUUGUUGGGUUUGAAAAAACUGUUACACACCUUGAUGAGCAUCUAGUGGAUAUUGGCACGAAGGGAAUUACAAAACCUAAGGAGGUGAGGAAAUUGAAAGGUGAAGGAAUGCCACUGCAUUAUAGCAAUAAGAAGGGUGAUUUGUAUGUUACAUUUGAGGUUCUUUUCCCUACAUCACUAACAGAUGAACAGAAGACAAAGAUCAAAGCUAUUCUUGGUUAGGUAUUUUACAUUAUACAUGUACGACAACAUCAUAUCCAAACGUAAAAUGAGUGGCAAGGCUUCUAUAGAUUAUUUAUUUAGAUUUUUGUCAUUAGCUUCUGGUUAUCUUUUUAUGCGUCCUACAUAUUUCAGGAUGCAGGACCUCCUUGUAGGUUACAACUUCUUUAUUAAAUUCCCAUUCUGUAAAAUUGCAAUAUAUUUUUCCUACUCUUUAGAAUAUAUUCAGUUCACUUACUUCCUGAUUUCACUUGGACAUGGGAUCCUAGAAAUAAAAAACGUAGUAGCCUUGGGGGGUGUUUGACAAUGAGUGUUUGAG